AAAAAAAAGCCCUGACAUGUUGUCCACAGCCUAAUCCUAACAUGUGGACAACAGUCAGAGAUCCAACACAAGAACUACAGAACUUCCUGGCCCACAAACAGGCUUCAAUGAAAUACCAGAGGGCCAAAAUUAUGAGGUGGUCUUUCCGCGAAAGCUUCAUGCACAACACAAGAGGGACACUCAGCAGAGUAAAUAUCCAGACCUGGUGCAAUACGGGCUUGAAGUCAAUGGCCAACCAAUGGUUCUUCAUCUAGAAAAAACUGAAGACCUAAUAUCUGACAAUUACACUGAGACACAUUACCUGAAAGAUGGUUCCCCAGUUACCACCAGUCCUGAUGUAAAGGAUCACUGCUUUUAUCAAGGGCAUGUGAAGAAUGAAAGCAGCUCACAGGUCAGCCUAAGCACAUGCGAUGGAUUAAGUGGUGUUAUUAUGGCACAAGAAAAGAAAUUCUUCAUUCAACCUUUAAAGACGUCAGAGCCUGGGGCACAUGCUGUUUAUGAGUAUCAAGGCCAGGAGACACUAAAAACCUGCGGUGUGGAUGACACAAGUCUCAAUGAGACAAUAAUGACCAAGAUAGACUUUUCAGGUACCAGUCAAGAGAAACAAGCAUUCUUAAAGUCAAGAAAAUACAUCCAACUUUAUAUUGUAGCAGAUAACUCUAUGUACAUUAGAUUUAACCGAAGAGAAGACGUUAUCAAGCAAAGGAUAUAUGGCAUUGUUAAUUUUGUCAACCAGGUGUAUAAAUCCCUAAAUAUUUUUGUGGCUCUAACUGGAUUGGAAAUUUGGAGCAAUGGAGACCAGUUUCGGGUGGUUUCCUCCGCUAACAGAAACUUGGAUAGCUUCUCUGCCUGGAGGAAGGAUAGCUUGUUACCUCGGAAACCUCAUGACAAUGCUCAGUUAUUAACGAACACUGACUUUGAUGGCAGCACUAUAGGACUUGCAUGGAUUAGCACAUUCUGUAGUACAACCCAUUCUUCUGGAGUGGUACAGGAUCACACUGCUGAAUUUAUUGGCGUAGGUGCAACUCUUGCCCAUGAAAUGGGGCACAACUUGGGAAUGAACCACGAUGAUAACUGCCAAUGCCAGGCUGAAUCUUGCAUUAUGGCUCCAACUUUAAGUGUUAUAACUCCAAGAACCUUCAGUAUCUGCAGUCAGCAAGACUAUCAGAAAUUUAUCUUGGAACACAUGCCUCUAUGUAUGAAGGACAAGCCACACAUGAAUGAAAUCCAGUCUCCUUCUGUGUGCGGCAACAAAUUUACAGAGAGAGGUGAAGAAUGUGACUGCGGCACUGUAGAGGAAUGUACUGACAAAUGUUGUGAUGCUGCCACUUGCAAACUGAAAGAAAGUGCCCAGUGUGCAGAAGGUGAAUGCUGCUCAGACUGUAAGCUGAAGUCUGCAGGUAUUGUGUGCAGACCUGCCAAAGACGACUGUGACUUGUCCGAUAUGUGUGAUGGGAAAUCGCCCAACUGUCCCUCUGAUGGCUUCCGGCUGAACGGAUCUCCUUGCAAGGACAGCGAGGGGUAUUGCUAUAAUGGGAAAUGUCCUACCCUUAGGAGCCAGUGUGAAACUUACUGGGGAGCAGGAUCUGUGCCAGCUGAUAAUUCCUGCUAUACAACUAGCAGAAGUUAUUGCCCCCAGUCGAGGUAUGGGGAAUGUAGCGUUUUGUAUUGUUCUGGAGGUAGUCGUGUACCCAUAAAUCAACAACUUGGCUACUGCACUUACGGUAACUGUAAAACUAUUAGACCAGAAGUAUUGGUGGAAAGUGGAACAAAGUGUGGAGAUGGGAAAGUGUGUACAAAUCAGAGAUGCAUUGCAACUCCAGAACUUAUCAAAGCUGAGGCCUGCGCUACCAAGUGCAGGGGACAUUCGGUUUGUAAUGAAGCAUUUCAGUGCCAAUGUGAGGAAGGCUGGGCACCACCCAACUGUGACACCAGGACUGGCAAUAGCUCCGCUGGCUACAUUGCACUUGGUAUCAUCAUUGUUAUUGUGGUUCUCAUACUGGGAGUUGUGGCUCUUGUGUUCUAUAGGAGGUUCCAGAGGAAGAAGCAAAGUCUCAUUAGACCCUCUGGGGCUGGCUCGGGUGUGACUAACCCAACGUUCGGGAUCCAAAAUCAGUCUCCUCAGCAACCAAACUCCUAUCCCUACAAUCCACAAGACUACUCGGGAAGACCCACGUAUCCACCACAGCCACCUGCUCAGACUCAGAAGCCUCAGAACUACUCCGGAAGACCUACGUAUCCACCACAACCACCUGCUCAGACUCAGAAGCCUCAGAACUACUCGGGAAGACCCACGUAUCCACCACAACCACCUGCUCAGACUCAGAAGCCUCAGAUGUAUAUUAAUACCGUGCCGCACCCUCCCUACCCCUCAGCCCAGGCUCAGAUACCACAGUUCCAAGCAUUUCAGCCACCAGCUACAGCCCCUCCUCAGCGACCAAUGUAUCCCCCAAUCCCACCACAGGCAAUGAAACCUAACUACAGAAGAUAAGGAGGAUUCUUGGCAGACGACCUUGAAGACAAUCAUUUCUUAUACUGUAUUGCACAUUACAGUGGAAAGCAGUGAUAAUAAUGUAUCGCUGCACUUGUAUUGUAUUCGGAGUUCUCACUAUUAUUUAUAGUUAUGUAUUCUGGGAUUAUAUUAAUAUUUUCAGCAUUUAGUAUAUGUAAAGCCUUCUAACUUCCCGUGUGGUUGGCGUAGACCUGCGGGUGAUAAGAGAAAUGUCACCCGGGGGAUUGUCGUCUGAGUUAUAUACAUCCUGCACACCGUUAAUGGAGACGAUAAGGCCGGAGUUCUCAUUCUAGUGACUGUUUAACCCCCUUCUUCCUGGUUUGAUUGGGAUGGAUGUAACAAUGAUACAUCAAUACAUGAGGUGCUAAGGCAGUAU